GCGGGUCGCGGUUUUUUUUGGGCUAUUAUUUAGCAAAUGCGCGGUCGCAGAGAAGACGAGCUCUAACGGCAAAAAAACAACUCUGCUAUUGUACUUUUAGGUUGAAGGAUGACAGAAAUGGGCAGCGUUUAUUUGAUAAACGCUGUGACAGAAAUAUUUGAUUCUGAAUCAAAGGACAUUAUCAGUGACUCCGAUAACUCUGAUGAGCCUACAGAAGACAAUCGCUGAUCCUGAUACCGCAAUACAGCCGUUCAGGCUUGAGCCAGAGGUCUGACGUUGACAACCACAACGGCAAGCACAAUGUUCCCAGCUGUAAAAUACAGGGCUAUAGACUAUGUCUAUGAGGCCUCUACAAGGCAGAAGUUGACCAUGAAUUGGCUGGUUCUCCCGGUCCCCUACCACCUGGACCGCUCUGACCUUUACGCGCACUCAGGGACCCUGCCUGAGGCCGUCUACAGGAUGCCAUGGACUCGGGGAACUGUGAUUUCCACCUGCAAGCUCGUCAUCAGUGGAUCCGUACUGGAUGACUUAAAGAACAGUGGACAGCGAGUGGACUUAAAUGAAAAAUUCGGAUGUCCCCUGGUCUGCCUGGGAGGGGUCUCUGUGGAGGUGGUGCCCAGCUCAAACCCCGCCUCCCAGUCUGCCCCGGACAUGGGCGAGGCCCUCUGGCUCAUGGAGGGGGGUGGGAGAGAGGCGGGAUGCGCUGAAACUUUCCCCGAGGCCUCGGAGGAGCUCCUGCACCCAGGAGAACAGCCCAGCGACUCAGGUCUGUACCUGAAGGAGGAAAUGCUCUUCAUCGAUCACCUGCUGCGCUUUGGAGAGCAGUUGCCGCGGUUACGCGUCAUAUUGGGCAGGCUGAAGACGGUGACCGUGCCGGACCCCCUGCUGUGUCCCGCGGGAAACGGCCUCUCAGAGGACCUCCUUUUCAGGCACUGUCUGCCCUUUGAGGAGCCCUGUGCCACAGAAGCAGAGCAUCAUGGUCUAGGCCUCCAGGAGGAGUUCUGCCGAGUGCCUGUGCUUCAGGAAGAGGCUCUAAUGCUCCCGCUGGAGCUGGAAUCCCGCCAUUCCAGCAGACUCCGCGGGGGCUCUCUCCUCCAGGAGCUGCAGCAGCGUUUUAACACCGUCCCGGAGCAGCCAGGGGGCGACCCUGCCUGUUUGGAGUUACUCAGGAAAGACGUGCCGUCCAGUCCGUGGGACUCUGUGGAAAUGUCUGAUUUCAGAAUGCCAGAGGAUCCUGUGGAGGAGGGUCCCAGAGCAGGACCGUUAUUCUCCCUGGACCGCACACACCCAGGUCAUUACAGGUUGUACCCACAGCUAGAGACAGACCUUACCCUCACCCCGCCCCGCCCACGGCCACGGCCCCCCCCUCAGACCCAGCUCUCCAGCGCCGCCCUGCCUGUGGAACUGAUGUCCCCGGUCUACAAGCAGCGUUUGGUGUCGGACUCUGCCAGAGAGAGCAUGGAGGAGGCCGUGUGGAAAGCAGAAAAGCACCUCCCUGUGGUCCUGAGCCUCCUACUGGCAGAGCCUCAGAUGCCUGAGCCCCCCCUGCAGCACCAGCGCAUCUCAGAAGCUUUUAAACUGAUGGCGUUUGGGGCAUACAGCAGUGUCCCCGUCGCCGGGGAUCGGGGGGGCACCGGGUGCUCCGGCCCCCAUGCAGCCUUUCCCCGAAUCAGCCCCGCCCACAAGCGCUUGGGAACACCGGGAAUUUGGGCCGGAGAGGGUCGGGAAUUUGUGGAAAAGAUGGAUGACGCCGGUCCCACAGAACCAGCGGCAGCAUCUACAGAAGAGUUCCCGCCAUUUUCCUUCUGCCAGAUCGACAAUAUUCUAAGAAAAUGCAGUGAAGACACUGGUUGCCCCGGUUACCCAGUCACACCCACCCCAGUCACAGACAGUCCCACCCCCAUUGCUGUGACUGACGCGCUGGGGUCCUCCUGUCAGGAGAUGCAGAAAGCUGACCAGCGGAUUGCCACAGAGGAAACUGCCACCAAUCAGGGGGAUCAGGGGGCGGAGCCUGUCCCGGUGGGCGGGAUCGUGAGGGGAGGGAAUGUCUUCUCGGUACAGGAAGGGAGGGGCGUCCACAUGCCCAUCCCUGCCAGGCGUUCUGUUAAAGCCCCCCCCAGCGGCUGCCCCGUCUCUGGGCCAGGGGAAGACCUGGACCCUCUCGCCUCUUUCAUGAUGCUCAGGUCCCAGCAGAAGGCUGGGGUUGCCCCUCCACCCCAGAACUCCUCCUGUACAGAUCCCUCAAAACCAGAGCCCAGUAUGGUGACAGAACCCAAAGAGGAACUGAACCCCAGCUGUGUGACCUCAGCAGGGAUGCGAAGUGAUGUCAGAGCUCAGGAAACCAGCAGAGCUGAAGCCAGAGAGGACAGCCAAGUUAUCUGUGUACAAGCCUCAGAGAGCCAGCGCCGGGCCUACAGGCUUCUUCACGCCACGGUGAGCCCCUCCCUCUCCAGUGCCCAUGAGCUGGGACUGUGUGGCGCGCUGCGGUGGCUUGCGCCCUAG